AACAAAAAUAAUCGUGUGUGUGUGUUAUCAUUUAUCAAACAAACAAACAACUCACUUUGUUGAUAAUGUAGACAUCUGUCACAGUCAAGAUGGCGCUAUUUGAUAGAUCGUUGUUUUUUCUUUUUUUUUUCUUCUUUUUCAUUCCGGUUGUACGAUUUGAUAAUAAUAUAUAACCUCGUGUACAUAUAUUUGCAGGUGAUUUUAAUUUUUCAUAUAUUGUUCAUAUAAAUAAUUAAAAAUGUUUGCAAGAACAACAGCAAGAUUGGGCAUGUUGGUCAAGAGCUAUGCAACUGAUGCAGCUUCAAUUAAAAAAUUAGUAACAAACAACAAAGUUGUUGUUUUUAUGAAAGGAGUACCAGAAGCACCAAAAUGUGGAUUUAGUAAUGCAGUUGUUCAAGUACUGAGAAUGCAUGGUGUCAAGUAUGAUGCACAUGAUGUUCUUGCUGAUGAAGACCUCAGACAAGGAAUUAAAGAUUAUUCAAAUUGGCCAACAAUACCACAAGUAUAUUUGGAUGGUGAAUUUCUUGGUGGUUGUGAUAUUAUUAUUAAAAUGCAUCAAACUGGUGAAUUUAUUGAGGAACUACAAAAAGCUGGUAUACCAUCAGCACUUACUGAAACUAAUCAAGAAAAACAAAAAUAAUCUGUUAAAUAUUUUAGAGGGUUUGUAAAUAAUUUUAUAAAUUAGUCGAGUUAUUUUCUUUCUUUCUUUUUUUUUUUUCCAAAAAUAAAAUAACAAAAAUACAGAAACAAAGAUAUACAUAUAAAUUUACUCGUUCAUUUAACAAAUAUAUAAUUAAACUACA